AUGAUUGUGACAGAAAGUUCACAGGUGCAAGCAAAAGACUUCCAGUUCUAUAGCCAUAAUGAAGAAGAAAAAAACAAGCAACUGUGCAAACUCAUUGAAGAUAGCUUUUUGAACAUUUUCCCAGAUACACCGAAAGAAAACAUUCACAAUUUCUACCUCUGCAAAGCAAGAAACUGCCAAGAUAUAAGCCAAUGCAGCAAAAAAGAUAUGAAGAAAGACAACAAGUUCCAGCACAAAUGGCUCUUCGACCCUGAAAUUUCAAGAUGUCCUUCAACAAACAUCUGGUCCCUUACAUUUAUUGAGGGUAAAGGUAUGUUUUGUGCCCUUUGUAGAAUGCACAAUACUUGCCAGCCAAACAACGAAUUGAAAGUGUGGAACACUGUUUCAAAUGUCCGAUGCCGAAUGGAAACCAUCUGGUUGCAUCUUAAGAACACUGGUAAGCGCACAAUGCAUUCUGACGCUAUCUCUACAGAGAAUCUGAGAAGCAAAUCCUAUUUUGUUCAGCAAAAGCGGAAAGAGGAGCAGCAGAUAAACACCGUAUAUGAGAAAGCAUUCCGCUCCCUUUAUUGGCUCAGCAAGGAGGAAAUCGCUCAAACCAAGAUUACAUCAUUGUUCACAAUGCUGGAAAAAAUAGGAGUUGGCGAAAUCAAGCAAUUUCGAACACGUUCCGAACCAGUGCUAAGGCAGAUGCUGCUGCUGAUAGGAGAAAUUAUUCGGGAAGAAGUGGUGGAAAAGAUCAAUAAAUCAGAGGCAUUUGGUCUUCUUACAGAUGAAGUUACCGACAUCACCAACACAGCGCAGCUUGUUACCUUUGCCAAGUACUACGAUGUAGAAAAAGGAGAUGCUGAAACCUGUUUCAUUGGCUUGUCUGACCUACUUGCGGAUUCAGAAGAUACCUCUGCAAAUUCCAAGUCCAUUUUCAAUUCACUUGUCGGUCUUGUGGGAAAGCUCCAGCUUCGGCUUCAGGAUUUGAAAGCAUUUGCGUCGGAUGGUGCGUCUGUCAUGACUGGAAAGAAAGAAGGUGUUGCCGCAAGAUUGAAAAAUCUAGAAGAUUGUAAGACCAUGUUGAGUGUCCAUUGUAUCUGCCACCGGUUAGCUCUUGCGUGUUCUGAUACCGGCGAUGAGCUAUCUUUCGUAAAGGAUUUUGAGACUACUUUGAUGCAGCUCUGGAAAUUUUUCAAGAAUUCUUCAAAGAAACUCAAGGUCUACAUCAAAGUUGCUCUGAAGUGUUACUCCUUAGAUGCGAUGUCCACGAGAAGAAAGAAGAAAUUCGUGAAACGUGUCAAACGCGCAGUUAGAACAAGGUGGCUCAGUCUUCAUGCUUCUGUAGAUUCUGUAUUCACUGAAUAUGUUGGCCUGGUCCACGCCCUCCGCGUUUUGAAAGAUGAUCCCGCAUCAGGGCCUAUGCCACCGGGCUACUAA